UCCCCAAAAACAAAAACACACUCGUAACAAAACCCUAACCACAGCCCGCGUGGUUUCGCGCAACGAAUUUGCUUUGCAGCGAUGGAUGCAAUAAGAAAGCAGCUGGAUGUGUUAAUGGGAGCUAACCGCAACGGUGACGUAACAGAGGUCAACCGCAAGUAUUACGAUCGUGAUGUCUGUCGUUUAUUCUUAGUCGGCCUUUGCCCUCACGAACUCUUUCAACUCACUAAAAUGGAUAUGGGACCCUGCCCGAAGGUACACUCGUUUCAGCUCAGAAAAGAAUACCAAGAAGCUAAGGCAAAAGGUCAAGAUAACUAUGACAGGGAGUUGGAGGAUGUUAUAGACCGGCUCAUCGUUGAAUGUGACAGAAAAAUUGCGAGGGCUCUUAAACGUCUGAGUGAGGAGGAUGCUAAAGCGGCUAUAGCUAUCUCUGUUUCAGAGGUUACACAGACUCCGGAGAUCAUUGAGUUGUCAAAGCAGAUUAAAGAGAAGCUUAAAGAAGCUGAUUUACAUGAUCUGGAAGGAAAAGGAGAUAUGAAGAUACGAUGUUUGGAGAUAGUUGAACAACUCAGAACUGAAAGAGCUGACAAACAGUCGAUGCUUUUAUUAGACGCAUUCAACAAAGAUCGAGCUUCUUUACCUCAACCUCUUCCAAAUCCCCCACCAUUGGCACCAUUGCCUGUGGCUAAUCCUGAUGCUCGCACCCAGGAGUUGAUUAACGAGAAGCUGAAAAAAGCUGAAGAUCUUGGUGAGCAAGGUAUGCUGGAUGAAGCACAGAAAGCACUGGAAGAGGCUGAAGCACUCAAAAAGCUUUCUAUACAUUUUCCUCCACGGCAGGAACCUGUUACAGACACCUCUAAGUAUACUGCUGCAGAUGUGCGAGUUACCGAUCAGAAGUUACGCGUUUGUGACAUUUGUGGAGCAUUUUUAAGUGUUUAUGACAGUGACCGCCGCUUAGCGGAUCAUUUUGGAGGAAAGCUCCACCUUGGCUAUAUGCAAAUCCGUGAGAAGUUGGCUGACCUUCUGGAAGAGAGAACCCUCAAAAGGAAGCUUCCAGAAGAUGACAGAAGAUCAAAAGAACGAAACAAGGAUAUCGAACGGGAAGGAAGCAGAGACCGGGUUCGUGCAAAUAGCCGUGACCGUGACCGUGCAAGGGACAGUGACCGUCGUAGCAGAGAUCGUGAUAGGAAUAAUGACCGUGGUCAUGGUUAUGACCGCUAUGAUCGUGAUUCAAGGAAUCGGCAAAGAUCACGUUCUCGCUCAAGGGACCGUCACCGGGAUUAUGAUCGUUCAAGGCGCCGUGACCGUAAGACGUAAGGGGCUGAAAAGUGGAUGACAGAAGGUUCUUCUUUAGUCCUUCGGCAAACAUUUGUUUCUCUAUGUGGUGAUGUUUUAACUUUAAGUUUGCAAAUGUUUUUAAUUGGGUACUAGAAGAAACUAUGGUCUUUGUGUUUUCUUUUAAUUUCCGGAUAACCUUUAUGUUUUCUAGAGCAGCUCUAUGUAUAGUAGUGUUGCGAGUACCUUGUUCAGAGUUUUAAGUGCAAAAAUAACCCUUGUAUCGGUGUUAGUGUAUGCUUGGCUUUUCUUAUAUGGAUUAUGGUUCUGUUGUGGAAA